ACGUUUUGAAAAGGUUGGGCCAACUCAUCAAUGUCUUUUCGAAACGAAUACGUACAUAAAAUGUUUAUUUUCUCUUCGUAACGAAUUGAGAUGUAAUUGCAACUCAACAAAAUAUCGAAAAUUUUUAACCACAAUGGAGGUACAUUAUCUCACGAUUCUAUUUAGUAUUUUUUGGUGUAGCUGUGAUGCUAUUAUGUGGAGUUUAGCACCAAAUACCCAAAAAUGUUUGAAAGAGGAAUUACAAGCUAACGUGUUAGUCGCCGGCGAGUAUGAAAUCACAGAGAUUACUGGACAGCGGGUUGAUUACAUUGUCCGGGAUUCUAAGGGACAUAUCUUAGCUCAAAAAGACAACAUCAGCAAGGGCAAAUUUACAUUUGUAACAGAAACAUAUGACACAUUUGAAGUCUGUUUUAUAUCUAAAAUGCAACCAGAACGUCGUGGAGUAGCUCAAGAUGUACACUUAGAUAUAAAAGUUGGAAUUGAAGCUAAAAAUUAUGAAGGGAAUACAUGGAUUGGUGAAGCAGCAAAGUUAAAGCCAAUGGAACUAGAACUAAAGAGACUAGAAGAUUUGUCAGAGGCUAUUGUGCAAGAUUUUACACUUAUGAGAAAAAGAGAAGAAGAGAUGAGGGAUACUAAUGAAUCAACAAACAAUAGAGUGUUAUUCUUCAGUUUGUUUUCAAUGGUGUGUUUGUUGGGGCUAGCCACGUGGCAGGUGCUUUACCUUCGCCGCUAUUUUAAGGCCAAGAAACUUAUUGAAUAGCAAAAUACAUUUUCAGAGAGGGUCAUCACACAGUCUUAUUCCUUAUUCAUAGAUUUAACCAGAAAACAUAACUUUUUAUAUUAUAAUAACUUGCGGUUAUAAAUGCUUAUUUCUGACAAGUCAACCUCAUAUUUUUAAUACAACACUUUCAAAAUCUUGAUGAAGGAUUAAAGAACAAAAUACCUACAUUUUUUGUGCAUUAAUAAAUUUUCAAAAUAUUUUUUUUUUAAGAUUGUGUGAUCGCACCUAUUAAACAGAUUUAUUAUUUAAUGUUUUGUUGUAUGUAUAUGAAAGAUUUGUUUAUGCAUAAAUGUAUUUGGUAUA